AAGUCCUUUUCAGAUGAAAAAGACACCCAAUUCUUUUUAUCAAUUUCUGCACUCUUUCUUUCCUCUAUCUUCACUUGAGCUCAGUAAAAAACCAAAAGAAAAACGGUUUAGACUUAAAAGCAGGCUUAAAUCUUCAUCCACUUCGUUUUGGGUACCUAGCAUUAUUAUAUUUUUGUCCUAUUAGCUAUUACUUUAACCAUGUUCAAUGAACUUGCUUCAUUUAAGGGUAUUUGAAGCCUUUUUUUCUUCAAAGACUGCGGCAGUUUCUCUCCUCCUUUCUGGGUUAUUUUAUUCAUAUUUUCUCCUCUUUCUGAACUGUGUGGUGUUUGUGUUUUCCUUUUGUUUUCUCAUUCUGUAAGUUUUAGGUUAAGAGAAGGAUUGAUUUGGUCUAUGGAGGUGGUAGCGUGGGGUUGAUGGGUCUAGUUUCUCAGGCAGUUCAUGAUGGUGGGCGCCAUGUUCUGGGUGUUAUCCCAAGAAGUCUCAUGCCAAUAGAGAUAACUGGUGAACCUAUUGGUGAAGUGAGAGCAGUAUCUGAUAUGCAUCAAAGGAAAGCUGAGAUGGCUCGUCAAGCUGAUGCAUUCAUUGCUCUUCCUGGGGGGUAUGGAACACUUGAAGAAUUGCUUGAAAUCAUUACAUGGGCUCAGCUUGGAAUCCACAGCAAACCGGUGGGUCUGUUGAAUGUGGAUGGAUUUUACAAUUCGUUGUUGUGUUUCAUUGACAAGGCCGUUGAUGAAGGCUUUAUUUCUCCAAAGGCACGUCGCAUUAUCGUGUCAGCCCCCACAGCCAAAGACUUGGUUAGGGAGCUAGAGGAACAUGUACCUGAACGAGAUGAAGUUGUGUCCAAGUUGGUGUGGGAAGAAAGACUAAGUUACGUGCCGGAAUCAGAAGUUGCCAUGUGACUCAUAUCUUGCGAACUUAGUUUUUGGGAUCUUUUCUAUCAUUUUGUUGUUCUUUUUUUUUUUUAUGUAUUUUGGGUACAUAAUAAUAUAGGCAAUAUAUAUGGGCAUAGGAACUGUAGGAUCAUACAUCAUCCUCUUGUUUUGCUUUUUUUUUUCUUCCACCUUUUGUUGAUGCCCCUACUAUACAGAAAAGUAGGUCAAAAAAUAUGGAAAAAUCAUCAGUUUAUGGAAGUUAAUUAAUUAAUUAUCUUAUCGAUC